AUUAACCAAACUUCGAGUUCCAAAAACGCCCUUAGCCCUACACCCUUCCUCCGCCUAGGAGGGUAUAAACUGCACUGAAAAUGGCUGAUCCGUACGCUACCUACUUCAUUUCCGUUUGAAAUCCUCAGAGAGAGAGAGAGAGAGAGAGAGAGAGGGUGAUGGCGGAGACAGCAGUGUGUAGUUCGUCGGAGCCAACGCCGGACGUAGAGAAGGUAAUGAUUAGGGACAUUUCCUUGGCUGCCGAAGCUCAGACCAAAGAAGGCGAUACGUUUUACUUAAUCACCCAAAGGUGGUGGCAAGAUUGGCUGGAGUAUGUCAACCAGAACCAGGCAACUAUUACACUUGAUGGUUCCUCUUCUGACCGGCCUGAUUCUUGCGGCUUAACUAAUUUAAAGAGGCCAUCUGCUAUUGAUAACUCUGAUUUGAUAUAUGAAGCAGAAUCAGAGGAUUCCCCUAUUGGUAUUGAUCUCCAUGAUACUUUAGUAGAAGGCACCGAUUAUAUAUUACUUCCGCAAGAAGUUUGGAAUCGGUUAUAUGCAUGGUAUGGAGGGGGUCCCACGUUGGCUCGAAAAGUAAUCAAUUCUGGUGUAUCUCAAACAGAAUUAGCUGUAGAAGUCUAUCCUUUACGCCUUCAGUUACAUCUGAUGCCAAAGGGUGACAACUCGAGCAUAAGAAUAAGCAAAAAGGAAACCAUUGGAGAGCUUCACAGAAGAGCUUGUGAGAUUUUUGAUCUUAAUUCAGAGCAAGUAUGGAUCUGGGACUAUUAUGGCCGCCGAAAGUAUGCUUUGAUGCAAGACAUGGGUAAAACACUUGAUGAUGCCAACAUACAAAUGGAUCAAGAUAUUUUGGUGGAGCUUGUUGAUAAUAGUAACUCUGCGUUAGGUGGUUGCAUGAGUUCUGUUCUGGAGAAUGGAUCUGCUGACAAGGAAACCACCUCAGUUCUUGUAGAGCCUUCUAAGUCGGGCUUUUCAAUUGCAGGAGGUUUUUCUGCUAGCAAAGGCUUAUCAAGAAACUGCAAUUCAGAGUCGUCACAAUUUCAGAGCCUGACAUCCCCUGGUAGAGAGUCAGAUAACACCUAUGGGAUCAGUGGUGUUACCACAAGGGGGUCUUCUUGUGGUCUGACUGGAUUGUUGAAUCUUGGAAACACGUGCUUUAUGAAUAGUGCAAUACAAUGUCUUGUUCAUACGCCCGAAUUUGCUAGAUAUUUUCGCGAGGAUUACCAUAAAGAAAUAAAUUGGCAGAACCCUUUGGGCAUGGUGGGGGAGCUUGCUCUAGCGUUUGGUGAGUUACUUCGAAAAUUGUGGGCACCUGGACGAACUCCAGUUGCUCCGCGGCCAUUUAAGGCGAAGCUUGCUCGCUUUGCACCACAAUUUAGUGGAUACAAUCAGCAUGAUUCUCAGGAACUCCUGGCUUUUCUGUUAGAUGGGCUUCAUGAAGAUCUGAAUCGUGUCAAACACAAACCAUACGUAAAAUCGAGAGAUGCAGAUGGAAGGCUUGAUGAAGAGGUUGCUGAUGAGUAUUGGGCGAAUCACAUUUCUCGUAAUGAUUCCAUAAUUGUGGAUGUUUGCCAAGGCCAAUACAAGUCAACUCUGGUUUGUCCUGCUUGUAAUAAAAUCUCAGUUACAUUUGAUCCCUUCAUGUACCUUUCCUUGCCACUCCAGUCCACCACCACUCGUACUAUGGCGGUGACAGUCUUUACUUGUGAUGGAAGUGCACUACCAAAUGCUUGCACCAUAACUGUUCCAAAACAGGGGCGUUGUAGGGACUUGAUCCAAGCCAUUAGCAAUGCUUGUUCCUUAAAGCAUAAUGAGAAACUUUUGCUUGCAGAGAUAAGGAGUCACUUGAUUCACCGGUUCUUGGAAGAUCCUCUAAUAUUAUUGUCUUCAAUAAAAGAUGAUGAUCACCUUGCUGCUUACAAGAUUCCAAAGUUUGUGAAGAAUACAAAAUUUCUACAGUUAAUACACCGUCGUGAAGAACGGGAGACUAGUAAUGCCCAGAGCACAAUUGGGUGGAAGCCAUAUGGAACCCCUCUCGUUUCACCAAUCUCUUGUGACGAAGUUAUUACAAGAGGUGACAUACAGUCAAUGGUUCACACAAUGCUCUCUCCGAUGCUAAGAACUGAGAGUGUGGGACAUCCUGAUAUUUCUGAUACUAACACCUUACUACCAGCUUCGGAUCCAUCUCAAACCACUAGUUCAAGUGCAGCGUGCAGAGACUCUAAUGUAGAAGAUUCAGUACAAAGGAAUGGUGGCAGCUCAAAAUCAGUGACCUUACCAAAACUGCCUCUGCAGUUGGUUGAUGAAAACAAUGCAUGCAUUGAUCUAUCAGUUGGAGAAGAUAAAGCCGUUAAAUUGUCCUCAUCCUCAAUGUCAAUACUAGUAUUUAUUGACUGGUCAGGGAAGCUUUUGGAGAAAUAUGAUGCAUAUUAUUUGGAAAACUUGCCAGAAGUAUUCAAAAAUGGGCCCGUGACGAAGAAAGCUCGUACUGAACCUCUCUCGUUGUACACCUGCCUAGAAGCUUUUCUCCGUGAAGAGCCAUUGGUUCCUGAAGACAUGUGGUACUGUCCUCAGUGCAAGGAACGAAGGCAAGCAAGCAAGAAGCUAGAUCUUUGGAGGCUCCCAGAAGUGCUUGUUAUCCAUUUAAAGAGGUUCUCAUACAGCAGGUCGAUGAAGCACAAGCUGGAAACCUUUGUCAAUUUUCCUAUACACGACUUUGAUUUGACGAACUAUAUAGCCAACAAAAAUAAUGCAAGCCGCCAACUCUAUGAACUCUAUGCCUUGACCAAUCACUAUGGCGGAAUGGGAAGUGGGCACUAUACUGCCCAUAUCAAGCUUCUAGAUGAAAACAGGUGGUACAAUUUUGACGACAGCCACAUAUCGCCCAUAAACGAAGAAGAUGUAAAGUCAGCUGCCGCUUACGUGCUUUUCUACCGGCGGGUGAAAACAGAGGAUGCCUCGGUAAGCAAUGGAGCACAGUCCUCUGUGGAUCACAUCAUUUAUUCACGAAAGUAAUCUCUCGGGAUUAUGUACAUUUGUUGUCUGUACAUUUGUUUUCUACCUCUGUUUCUCGUCUGAAAUAUUUGGAAAUACGAAGCCUCCAGCCGUAUCAGGGGCAUUUAUAAUGCUAUUUGAUGUCUUAUUA